UGCCAGCCAAUCGCAGGGCCCAUAUAAAACAACCAUUCGCACUCACAUUCACACCUCCGGGCAAUUUCGAGUCCUCAAUUAUCCUACCAUGUUUUUGGGAUGUGGGAGGAAACCAGAGUGCCCGGAGAAAACCCACGCAGGCACGGGGAGAACAUGCAAACUCCACACAGGCGGGGCCGAGGAUUGAACCCCGGUCCUCAGAACUGUGAGGCAGACGCUCUAACCAGUCGUACACCGUGCCGACACCAAAAAAUAUUUUAAAAUGAUUUUUUUUAAAAACGUUUUGAAGAGUUUAUUCUAAAAGGGGACAAUGCAAAAUGAUGAUACAGAAGGAGAAGAGGCCAAAACGUCCAGGGAAAAGCCCGCUCUGUGUAAUACUGUAUGCUGCAACAGGUUCGCAAAUGUGGUGAUGAAGCCUUCAAAACUCAGUUACGGAGUAAACUGGAGCCAAGUAACACACUGCGAGUGUCAUUGUUCCCAUUACCCCAAGAUUAGAGCAGUUUGAAGAGAAACAAUUCCAGGACUCCCACCUAUCACAAAAACUACCAUGUGUGUAAUGGGGAGAUGUAUUUUUAAUUUAAUUGAUCCGUCAAAAAUAUUGCUGUAAGUGAAACUGGUCCACAAAAAAGCUUGGGGACUGCUGAUUAGCGGUAUGUUUCAACGUGAAUGACCGAGUAAACUUCUUUUGAAUACCCUUUGUCGGCAUACAAUAUUGUGAUGAUACCCCCGCCUCCUGCUCGAUGGUAGCUGGGAUAGGCUCCAGCACUACCGCGACCCUUGUGAGGACAAGCGGCUCAGAAAAUGGAUGGAUGGAUGGAUAGAAUAUGUUUUGUUCAGUCUGUCUCUGUGUGGCGAAUGUCCCACCCAGUGGUUGGUAACAUGAAGAACCAAAAAUACUUCAUACCUGAUGCAUGAAAAUAAAAUGAGCUAAAGAAAGUGUACUGUAUAUGUUGGAGCAUUACCAUAUGCAAGGAGGGAUUUAGAAGGGGUGCGCAGUCAGUGCUGCCCCACUUGGACUGGGAAUGGUGCCUUGCUCAAGGGCACCUUAACAGUUAUCAGCAAGCAGACUAACAUCUUUCCAACAAUUCGUUGACAUUUUACAUUUUUGCUUGCAGCAGGACUCAAACCCGUGCCCUCCUCUGGCUCUAAAGCCCAAGUCCUUGUAGAUGAGCUAAAGCCACCCCGUUCUUAUCAGAGAAGAACAAGGUAUUUUUUUCUGUGUGCUGUAAUUUAAUAUAUCAAAGAAUUAGGAUCUAAACAUUGAAUCCUUUUUGAGCCAAUGAUUGUAAGCAUUGGAAUUCAAGUACAUUGGAAAUAAACCUCAGGGCAGCAACUAAGGGUCGGUCAGCUGACAAUCUCCCUCUAAUACAAUCAUAGAUGUGCUGUUGUAGAUUUUCUACUUCCAUGCAGAGAGGAGAGAAUCCAUCAUUGUGCUCUUAUGUUAUGUAAAAAGAUUGCAUCUGCAGAUAAAGGCCCUCGCCUCCCUCUCCUUCCUCGGCUGCAACUGAAUUGAAAUUUCUUUUACAAGCUGUACUUUUAUUCUCACCGUGGAUGAGGAGAUCUCUGUUUUAGAACAACCGCAUUACUGUGCGUGCGUGCGUGCGUGUGUGUUUGCAAAUAGCCUGAUAGAUUUAGGGGCCCAUAAACCUUUUUGGUCAAGUAGUCCUGACCCCAGUGCAGAUUAUUCAGUUUGACCAUUGACCCUGUGCAUACUGUUCUUAUGUGUGUUCUUUUGUUUUCAUGCAUGCAGGUGUCUGUCCGUGACCCUUCAAUCCAAUAUGCUCCGAGCCCACUUUGUGUGUGUGUGCCUGCGAAUGUGUGUGUGUUGACAUGUAGGCCAAUAACGUUGUACACCCUCACCCUCCUCUGUUAGAGCGGUAUAGGGCAGUGGGGGAGGGGAGGUGAAGAGCGAGGGGACUUGGUUAGUUCAUUUCAUCUUGUAAAGUUUUACGUUUCACAAGCAUUUCCUAGUAUCUCAAAGGUCAUGGUUGUUAAAUAAAAAGCAUAGCGCUACUCAAAUAGAAGCUUUAUGUCUGCUUUAUAUGCAUCUUCUUAUUCUUGAACAUGCAUGAUCCUCCCACACGCUUAUACAUAAACAUGUAGCAGUGUUGUAUACUGCAGCUCAGAUGGCUGCAAACCUGCUGCAAGAGGCAGAAGGAAGACCCACCCCCCCAAAAAAAGUCAUCUUGGUUUACAUUCGCUCUUCCUCGUUUGUCUCUCCCUUCUCAUGCACACCUUAUUAGGGGCCAGCUGUGUUGGCCCGCGCGCUACACAUGAGCCUGAUUAUGACUCAGUAUUGCAUUACUGACAUUCCUCCAUUGCUCUCCUUUCUGUACUCACCCUCAGCCCUCCCUCGCUACCUCCUUGUCUUUUCUCCCCCCUCCACCCAUUGCCUCUCCUCAGGCUGGGCAGAUUUGCUGAGCAACCGCCUCCACUCCUCUCCCUGCUCUACCCCUCCCUUGACCCCCCCCUCAGCAAAGCCAGAGCAGCGCUUGAUCCAUAUUGCUUCAAAUCAACUACCUCGUCGCCUCGCUUUCCUUCAAAGCACGAGCGCACGUUACACAUGUUGCUCUGCUGCUAACCUCCCCAGCAUAAUAUUUCACACACAGCUGUUGAGAUGGGAAGAGGAUAUGAGGGAGGGGAGGGGUUGGAAAUUAAAACCUGGCAGGCAGUGUGUGAGGCAUGAUUGUGUACAGUGAUUGGCUUUGUACUUCAGUACAUUAAGCCCUGUAAUGUGUGUGUGUGUGUGUUUGGGAGGUGGGGGUGGGUGGUGUCAAUAAAGUGAGCUGACAGUGUGGAAAAGGCAAAUAGGUGACGUUUUUUUGGAAGUAACCGUGGUGAUAAGAGUGUACGGUACGUGACAGGUAGCAGCUCACCGUUUAAAAAAAUUCCACACUGGGUUAAUCCAGUGCGAGGAGGAGGAAGGGGAGAAGUGGGCGGGGUGAGAAGGGCCGGUGGAUGUAGCGGUUGGCAACGGUGGUUCACACCGCUCGCUGUCACUAUCCCAGCAUCGGUGCUGCCCGCCGCGAGUUAGCCGGGCCGAGCCGUCUCGAGACUCUCUUGCCCUUCCUCUGUCACUUCCUCCCUCCUCUUCCUCCCCGCUUGCCCCCUUCGCUCUUACCUCUCUUGUGUUCUCCUUGCCAGUCAGCCCCUCCCUCCCUCUUCCUGGCUUCUUUUCCUCCCCCCUCCCUUGCUCUCCCUCUCUCUGUGUCACUGGAGAGCGUCUCAGUGUGAAAAUGCCAUCCUGCUCUCCAGACUGUUGCCUCUUUCAGGCUGUGGAGAAAACACGUCACCGUGCGAUGUGCGCAAGCAACUUUACAUGCAUAUCCGGGAUGUGCGUGUGAGGGAGUUUGGUUGAGCCGUGGACAAAAGGGCUGAACCCAGCGUGCAGGCGCCAGUUUCCGGGACUUUGCUGCGUUUUUUAAAGAAAGUCUCCCGUUGGAGAGGAAACUGAGCAGGACUUUAAGGAUGGACUUGACAAAGCAAGGGGCGAUGGAGAUAGUGAAGGUGUGGAGCGAGGAUGGGGCUGGCAAAGUGGUAGAGAUCCCGGCGGACAUGACAGCCAGGGACGUGUGCCAGCUCCUGGUCUACAAGAGCCACUGUGUGGACGACAACGCCUGGACGCUGGUGGAGCACCACCCCAUCCUCGGCCUUGAGAGAUGCCUGGAGGACCACGAACUGGUGGUACAGGUUCAAGCUUCCAUGAGCAGCGACAGCAAAUUCCUCUUCAGAAAGAACUAUGCCAAAUAUGAAUUCUUCAGGAACCCCCUGAACUUUUUUCCAGAGCAGAUGGUGGCUUGGUGUCAGGAGUCUGAUGGCACAAUCCCUCAGUCACAGCUCUUACAGAACUUCCUGAACUCCAGCAGCUGUCCAGAGAUUCAGGGCUAUCUGUACGUGAAGGAACCGGGACGCAAGUCCUGGAAGAAGCUGUACAUGUUCCUGCGACGCUCUGGCCUCUAUUUUUCCACUAAAGGAACAUCUAAGGAGCCCCGACACCUGCAGCUGUUGUCUGAUCUGGAUGACAGCAACAUUUUCACCAUAAUCACCGGCAGAAAACUACAUAACGCCCCCACAGACUACCAGUUCUCCAUCAAGCCCAGUAACGCGAGGGGUGAUUGUAAGGAGCUGAAGAUGUUGUGUGCUGAAGACGAGCAGAGCAGGACAUGCUGGAUGACAGCUUUCAGACUCCUUAAGUACGGCCUUGUCCUGUAUAAGAGCUACACUGUCCCCCAGCAAAGGAAGACGAACCUCUCGCAUUUCUCCACGCCUGUGCGGAGCGUGUCAGAGAACUCCCUGGUGGCGAUGGACUUCUCGGGACGGACCGGCCGCGUCAUCGACAACCCCGUGGAGGCCCAGAGCGCCGCCCUAGAGGAGGGCCAGACAUGGAGGAAACGGAGUCAGCGUAUGAAUGUCCUGGGCAGCCCGUCGCCCCUGCACCCGUCCUCUCUGAGCACAGUUAUCCACAGGACACAGGUUUGGUUUCACGGUCGCAUUAUGAGAGAAGAAGCACACAAAAUGAUCAUACAGCAAGGCCAGGUAGACGGUUUAUUCCUGUUGCGGGACAGUCAAAGUAACCCCAAGGCGUUUGUGCUCACCAUGUGCCACCACCAGAAGAUCAAGCACUUCCAAAUUCUACCGUGUGAAGAAGAUGGUCAAGUGUUCUUCAGCUUGGACGACGGCGCCACCAAGUUCACCGACUUGAUCCACCUGGUGGAGUUCUACCAGCUCAACAGAGGAGUGCUGCCCUGCAAGCUCAAGCACCCGUGCACCGCCGUGGCCUUGUGACACUCCUCCUUAUCCGCACCCUCUUUGAUUUUUUUUGUUUGCACACCUCCUACCCCCCGAGAUCCCACCUAUCCGCCCCACACCCCGGUGAGUCGAGUCUGGGUGAAGAAGCGAACUGAGCUUUUCUCCGCCUUAUUGCUUUUUGGAGGUUUUAAAGGGCGCAGAUCGUGGCGGAUUGUGGACUCCUGCAUCGUUGCCACGAAGUCCGGAACGUUUGUGAUGGUGCACAGUAGGUUGUGAGUGAUGGCUCUUCCCUACCCCUAAACCCCCUCCCCAAACCCACCCCAUUUCCCCCAGGCCUGAUAAGCUGUGGUGCAGGAAGCACCACCCUACUUCUUCUUCAUUGAUCAUCAGGGAUGGAGGGGAAUCCCUCCAGGUCUCGAGCAAACUUUGAAUCCGGGAGGUUUUCUCAACCUGUGCAGUCCAGUCUGGAUAAGCUGACAACAUGACACCGCCCACUCCACAAAACAACCCCCCCACCCACUCCACCCCCACCCAAUCCCACCCGAUGUGUGUGGCUCUACUGCUGUGUCCAGGAUCAGGUCAAGCAUGAGGAGAAGGAUCUAAACAAGCAAAAGCUUAUCAGAAAGGACAAAGGAAUGUUCAUCAGGAAGGCCGUGACGAGCCUCUCUUAGACUUGAUUACUUGAUGUCAUUUUAAUGCUGUUUUAUUACUGUUGAUUCAAUGCAGAACUAGUUUGCACUCACGCGCGGGGGUUCGGGGUGGCACCAGUCAGUCAUCAUCAUAAUCAUCAUCCUCUUCCAAUUGGGGGAAACAUUCAUGUCAAUCUCCAUCCACGCUGAUGGGAUUUAAAAAAAAAAAAAAAAAAGGGGGGGUGCAAA